GCUUCCUGUAGCAGCGUCCGUCCGUCUUCUUUGUGCCGAGCAAUGUCCCUCUGUGCUAUAACUAAACCCUCACACAGCUCAUGUCUCCGGUGUUUAUUGAUGCAUCUGUCAGAAGAAUGAAUGUUAAUUUAUUUAGAUAAGUCAACAAUUAAGAUGGAAGAAAACCAGUAUACAUCACUGACGGUUCCUACGGAUUAUUUUCAGCAGUGGUACCAGUCCAGCCAGCAGCACCCCGAGGCACAGUAUGGGAUGCCAUAUCACAACAUGGGCCAUUACACAGAAGGUCCCAGAGACGAGCCUGUCAUGGCUGAGCUGUCUGUGCACCGGGAGCAGCCUCAUUACCCAGAACCUUUCAAUCAGAACUACCCCCAGGCCCCAAACCACUACCAGGACCAGGUUUACCAGCAGCCAGCCUACCAGCAGAACUACAGAGAGCAGCAGCAGCAGCAGCAUCCUGCACACCUGCACCACCCCCAGCAUCAACAUACGGUACAGCAGCAGGAGGCGAAUGUUCAACACCAACCUCAGCCUGCUGGUGCACUUCAAGUUGUGACGCCAGUGAAAAAGAAGAGAGGUCGGCCUCCGAAGCAGCAGGCAGAGGAGGGCAAGACGCAGGAGGAGGACGAUGAGGUUGAGGCAGCCAAAAAAGCCAAGAGGGCUCUCAACCGCUUCAAUGGCAUGUCAGUGGCUGAGGUUAUGGCCAAAACCCUGCCAGACGUUAUUACCUACAAUCUUGACAUUUUGAUAAUUGGAAUUAACCCAGGACUAUUGUCAGCCUUCAAAGGACACCAUUACCCAAACCCAGGAAACCAUUUCUGGAAAUGUCUGUUUCUAUCUGGUCUAACUGACGAGCAGCUCAACUACAUGCAUGACCAGAGCCUGCCGGAGAAUUACAGCAUCGGCUUCACCAACAUGGUAGAGAGGACCACACCUGGCAGCAAAGAUCUUUCCAGUAAGGAGAUUCGUGAAGGAGGUCGACAGUUGCUUGAAAAACUGCAGAAAUACAAACCAUUAAUAGCAGCUUUUAAUGGAAAAGGUAUUUAUGAAAUCUUCUGCAAGGAAACCUUUGGUGUGAAAGCAAAGAAUCUUGAGUUUGGUCUGCAGCCCUACAAAAUCCCAGAAACUGAGACGGUCUGCUACUUGAUGCCGUCAUCAAGCCCUCGCUGUGCCCAGUUCCCCCGUGCACAGGAUAAGGUACAUUUCUACAUCAAACUGAAGGAACUGAGAGACGAGAUGAAAGGCAUGGCACCAAACCACGAGGUGGAAGAGACAAAGUACUCAUUCGAUCUGCAGCUAGCUAAAGAGGAUGCUAAGAGGAUAUCAAUCAAAGAGGAGCAGGUGGAUCCAGAGUAUGAAAGCUGUAGCGGCUUGCAUGACAACGCAAGGCAAAGCUGCAACACAUCUCAACUAAAGGAAGAGGAGAGAAAUGGACAUUGUUGGCCAGUCAGCGAACAACAUGACAUGGAAUCACUGCAGCCGGAGAUGUUCACUCAACAGAUACCAGAUAUCAGCUGUACUAGUAGCAUGAUGCAUCAGUGAGGUUAAGAAACCUUCUGAUGAUCCAACAAGAGAAAGGAGUCACACAGUCUCCUGAGGCAUCGCAGUAUGACACAAGGGGGAGAAAGUGCCCUUCAAUGGUUACAUUUUCUAACUCUCAAACAGACUGUGCAUGUUUUGUUGUCAUUUUUUAUCACUAUUUAUUGCAUUUUGUAUGGUACGUGUGUUCAGUGAGUUAUUUUUUGUAUUUUAAAAGAAUGACUUUUUAUGAUUUAUCAGCUGCAUAAAUAGGUAAUUGUACUGGGAUUUCUGAUGUAAUUAAUUCUAAUUACAGAGUUAUUAAAUCUCUUCUAAAGCUGA